AUUUAAAUGACAGUCGCUAUAAAGACAUUAGAAAUAAAUGCCGGAGAUCGCAUCUUCAUGAAAUCAAUGCGGGUUUUUUUUUUGGAAGUUGCGUCUUGAGCUAAAACCUCACGUUGCUGACCGCGAAUGAACUUGGAAGUUUUAAGUGAGCGAACGGUGUUUGUUUCCUUGCUUUAGCUACGUAGUGUUUGGCAGCGUUAACGCCAGCUGGUUAUACGCAGACGGCGACCUAGCGAUACCUCUCGGGUCAGAGAUCUGACUUUGUAACGAACCCUGCGGGUGUUUCCGUCUUCGUCUGUGCACCUGUCUGCAACCAAUCCGAUAUUUAAUCGAAGCCGAAGGUGCCCGGAUUUUUUUUUUCAAUUCGGUUAAUUUCUCGAGGUCAUGAUUACAUUGGAAACGGAUACCCACUGUCAACUCCACUGAAAACACAAAACGGGGGGGACGACACGGUAUAGUUUUGCUUUUCUUUUUGACGAAUUCAAGAAACUUUUGGAGAUCCGUGAAGAAUAUCAGACGUUGACAUUUUGGAGUAAUGGAUUCGAUGUGGACUUUUACCGUAACGCUGAUGGGUUCUCGCAUACACUCUAAAUAACACCAACGUCCGUCGGUAGGCUGAAUUUAAGCCUACUUUUUUUAACUUUUGUGUGCUUAAGUCUUUUGAAGGAAAAAGAGUGUCAUUCACUUUUUCUUUGUUGAUAUAUUUUGUGCCCUGGUUAAGGUCUCCGACUCAACAGUGAAAGAUGAAUGGCCUCUCUUUCAGUGAGCUUUGCUGCCUGUUCUGUUGCCCUCCCUGUCCCAGCCGUAUUGCUGCCAAGCUUGCGUUUCUCCCCCCGGAGCCUACAUAUGCCCUACUGCCAGACCUAGAGGCAGGUUCUGCUGCACCGGGGGCGACGGGGACGUCAGGUCUACGGACACGGGGUGGGGCGACCGUCGGAGGAAGUGGAGGUGCCGGAGGUGUGGAAGGGAGGUGGAAGCUUCACUUGACAGAGCGAGCAGAGUUUCAGUACUCCCAAAGAGAGCUGGACGCCAUGGAGGUGUUCCUCACUCGCUCCAGCCGGGGGAACAGGGUCGGCUGCAUGUAUAUUCGCUGUGCCCCUACUGCCAGAUUCACAGUGCUUUUCUCCCAUGGUAAUGCAGUAGACCUGGGUCAGAUGAGCAGCUUCUACAUUGGCCUUGGGACACGCAUCAACUGCAACAUCUUUUCCUACGACUACUCGGGCUACGGCGUGAGCAACGGCAAGCCCUCCGAGAAGAACCUCUACGCAGACAUUGAUGCUGCCUGGCAUGCGCUGCGCACACGGUAUGGCAUCAGCCCAGAGAACAUUAUCCUGUAUGGUCAGAGCAUCGGAACAGUACCCACAGUAGACCUGGCUUCACGGUACGAGUGUGCGGCCGUGGUUCUUCAUUCCCCUCUCACCUCUGGCAUGAGAGUGGCCUUCCCCGAUACCAAGAAAACCUACUGCUUUGACGCCUUCCCCAACAUUGAGAAAGUGUCCAAGAUCACGUCUCCAGUGCUGAUCAUCCACGGAACGGAGGACGAGGUGAUUGACUUCUCCCACGGCCUGGCGCUGUUCGAGCGCUGCCCCAAGGCCGUGGAGCCCCUGUGGGUGGAGGGCGCCGGCCACAAUGACAUUGAACUGUACAGCCAGUACCUGGAGCGUCUGCGCCGCUUCAUAGGACAGGAGCUGGCGGCACAGCACGCCUGACCAUCACACCUUUUUACUGUCAUCGCCAUCACCUCAGUCUCGUGGCCCACCCCGGCUACCCCUCUGUGGUUCAGAUGAAGCCCUCCUGCUGCCGUCUGGGGCUGGAUUAACUGGUUUCUAAUGCCACGUCCAUAACGAAGCAGAUGAAUUUGAAAACGCUGCUUUUUGCUUUUCUCCAUUUCUGUCUUCCACACUAAGCAGGCCUUUUUCAGCUGCCUAAGAUGUAUCUUUCAAAACGUUCUCCAAAAUGGGUACGUUUGAAAACAUCGGUUUUGUGUUGUGGUGUGGAUGGCAAAAAUGGAGCUUGUCAAAAAACAUGGGAUCGUCGUGAUCAGCGUAACGCUGUGCGGUCAAGCGGCUUGCACAUGCUCAAUAGAAGAGACUGAGCAUUUUUCGAGCAUUUUGGGGGUUUCGGUGUGGGUGGCGAAUUUUUUUUUGUUUUUUUUUUUAAAGCAAUCUGAAAACACUAGAGGGGGGAAACUCGACCCAUUUUUGACAUGAAAACAGCGUUUUCAAAUUUCUCCAUGUUAGUAUGGACAUAGUCCAAAAUGGGAAUGCAGCUAAAACCCAUUACAACCCACUGCUGGUUCCCUCCUGCUUUCAUUUGAAUUUUCAUGUUGUGUUUGGUCGUCCCAACAGCACAGCGCAGCCCAGUGUUGGCAUUGAAAUGGCUCAAUGGGGGAACAGAAGGACGAGGCUAUCGAAACGGUGCUUUCCUUCAGGCGGCACUGUGUGAAAGCCUGCAGCCCUGUCAUCUUUUUUUUAGUUUUAUUCUUCUCGUUUAUGCCUCGCACCCUUUGGUAAUACCCGUCAGAGAGGCCAUUGUUUCUCUCAGCCCCAGAAACGGAGGGUUAUCAUUAACCAGGCCUUUUAUUUACUUUAUUAUAUACGUAUGUUUUUAUGUCUGUCUGUCUAAAAGACCACUUAUCUCUUCAUCCGGUCCAUGGUAAAGGGGUUGGUUUUAUGAAAAAGCAUGUAAAUUGAAUUUCUUGACCGAAGAUAUUUCCUACAAUAUGUUUAUUCAGUUGUAAAUUUCUUAAAUGAAUUUUCUCAUGACUGAAUUUAACCUUUUUUUUCUGAACUGGCUAGAUUAACCACGUCACAGGUGAAUUAUAACCGUGUUAUAAACGUGCUGUGUGUAACUCCACUCGAAUUCGGACCUUGAACGUUCAGCGACAUGAGUAACGACACCACAUCAAAUCAAGACAAACGGAUUCAAAGAGGAAGCGGGCGGGUGCACGGCACGUUUGCUGACAUCUGCCACAUUCAAAUGACCUCAGUAUUGUUCUCUGAGAUCACUGCAGAGUUCACUGAGCACUUCAAGCAAAGACUUGAGGGGUGGGACAUCGCACAACAACAGCAAUAGCAAAACUUAGCCUUCAUGGAUCCUGUGUGUUUGUGUUUUUUUGUUUCCCCCUUUUCUCCCCAGUUGUACUUGGCUAAUCACCUCACUCUUCCGAGCCGUCCCGGUCGCUGCGCCACCCACUCUGCCGAUCCAGGAGGGCUGCAGACUACCACAUGCCUCCUCCGAUACAUGUGGAGUCGCCAGCCACUUCUUCUGACCUGACAGUGAGGCAUUUCACCAGGGGGACGUAGCGUGUGGGAGGAUCACGCUGUUCCCCCCAGCCCCGCCGACCGACCAGAGUAGGCGCUAGUGCAGUGACCAGGACACAUACCCACAUCCGGCUUGCCAUCCGCAGACAGGAUUGGUUGUAUCUGUAGGGACGCCCGACCAAGCCGGAAGUAACACGGGGAUUCGAACUGGCAAUCCCCCGCGUUGGUAGGCAACGGAAUAGAACGCCACGCCACCCGGGCGCCCCACACAUGGCACCUUUUAGUCAUCAAUGAACUGGACGGGUUUUGUCCCAUUUCUGCCAAGGCCCAAGCGCACGGACUGAUGUUUCAUCACAGGAUGGCGCUGUUCUGCUUUGAGUAGUUCACAGGUUGGAGUUCCCGAGGCUUGGCAGUGCGCCGUCACAAGGCGCUAACAUUUUGUUAAUAACACUCGGACAGAUGAGCGAUUUUUGGCAUUUUGCCACCUCUUAUCUGACGUGACGACAGUUCAUCGAGACGCCAAAUUGUGCUGUGUGUGAUUGGGGGAUUUCUGUUACAGUUUGUGUUCUCUCAUUCGCUCCUUUUUUUGUCUUUUUGUUUCACAUGAACUGAAAAGCCAUCAACGGAAGCAGUCCUUAUAUAAUUGUGAAAUAUUUAAAAACAAAAUAUUUUUUUUUUACGUAUUUUUGGACAUAUCCUAGAAAGCAUCUUUAUAACAUUCUGAAACCUGGUUGAAUGUAAAUGUUAUAACUCAUUAAGACUGAUGACAGCACGGUACCUGUAUAGCUGCUGGUCUGGUUUGCUCCACUAUGUUGUAUGGCUGGUUCGGGGGGAGUAGCCCGUCUCUAGGAUGCCAGGAGGCCGGGAAGACGGUAUGACCCGACCCGUUCGGCGCCAGAUGCGGGCUGCACUGUUCCACCAGCAGUCGAACUAAGUCAACCGGCGGCCUUUCUCAUCUGGUGCGGGCGGGUGGGAUCGAUCCUCCGACCCUUUUAAAACAUCCAGUGGUUUCUUUUUACCACUUGUUUUCCAGGCAAACUACCGAUUUGGUCUGACUGAAUUGGGCAAAAAAACCCAAACAAAACAAACAAACAAAAACAAAACCCCAACGUUCCUGGCCCAAGUUGGUCUCCGAUCCUUAUCAAAAUAUUUGUUGAUUCUCUCGGAGGAGACUUAUGGCAGGUUGAUUCGUAUUUGGUUGCUUGUCUGUGGUUUUUGUUUUUUGUUUUUUUUUGAAGACGAGUCAGGAUUUCUGGGCUUACUUGUACUUGGACACCAAAGUUUAAUGGAUUUCAUCAUCAUCAUCAUCAUUAUUAUUGUUUUUAUUUCUAUUGUUUUACCCAGAAUAACUGCAGUUUUACAUAUCUUCUAUGAACCAAAGACAAAAACACAAAACGAUAACAAAAACCUGAAGUCCCUCGGACUGAUCUGUGUUCCUGGUUAGUCUGACGGCUUCCCACCACACAUGUUGUGAAAUUAAAAUGCAUUUGUCAAAUUGCUCCCAGAAGGAGUUUUAGAGCAUCUUGGCCUUUCCUCUGCCCUCUUCAUGGUCGUCUUCCUCCCUUGCGCGUGCUAUAAGCAGAGCGGGUUACUGGCCGCCUUUCCUGCAGUGUUGGUGAAGGAGCGCGUUUCCUGCCGUGUGGACGCUCACACGGCAGGGAGGCUCGGGGAUCCUGCACAACAUCCGGCCGGGGCCUUCAGUUGGUUGUGUGCGGGGAAGGUGGAGAAGGAUGACAUGCAAGCUGCAAACAGACGUGUGAAAUGCUCUGUGGUUUAAAAAGAAACUUAAGUUAUGGAUGUAACCUUUUCUUUUUAAUUCAAAUGUACCUCGAUAGGUUUUAUUUCUGGCAGUGGUCGGGGAGGAACUCCGCAGCUAUUGGAUGUUUUGAGUUUGUGAGGCAUCAUAUGCAUCAUUUAUGCAUCAUUUAUUAUUUUUAGUUGUGAAACUGUCUCCAUUUUCCAAGAAUUGAGUAGCACAUGGAGUUUUAAAAAUAGUCAUGAGUUGAUAAUAAAUAUG